AUGGGGACUACUAUGAGUAAAAGAAAAAAUAAUUCUGAUAAAAAUGUCAAAAAUAAGUCAUCUGAUAAGAAAAAACAAAAAAAAAAAGAAGAAAAUGAUUCAAACUUAGCAUUUAUAAAAAAAUAUAAAAUCAUUAAUAAAAUAGGAGAUGGCAAUUUUUCAAAAGUAUUCUGUUGUAGAGGAGAUAAUAAAAAAAAAUGCGCAAUGAAAUUAAUGUGUUGCCCUUUAAAGAAGACAGCUCACUAUAAUUGUUUUAAAAGAGAAUUAUUUAUAAUGAAAACAUUAAAUAAUAAAUAUCCUUAUAUAGUUAAAAUUCUUGAUUACCAUGAAAAAAUAUGGAAAAAAUAUUAUAUAGUUAAAUUAAUAUUAGAAUACUGUGAAGGAGGUAGUUUAUUUGAAUAUAUAAAGAUCAAUGGAAGCUGCACACAUUCAGAUGCAAGAAUUAUCAUUAUUAAAUUAACUAAAGCAAUACAAUAUAUUAAUUCAUUAAAAAUUAUGCAUAGAGAUAUUAAACCAGAAAAUAUUUUACUUAGAACUAAAGAUAAUGUAAGAAGUGUAGUAUUAUCAGAUUUUGGAUUAGCAAAAAUAACUCCAUCAAAUCAAAGUGUUGUAAAAAGUAGAUCUGUUUGCGGUAGUGAUUUUUAUUUAGCCCCGGAAAUAAUAAAAAAUAAAGAAUAUGGAGUAAAAAUUGACAUUUGGAGCUUAGGCGUUUUAAUUUUUUUUAUAAUAACUGGAAAGGUUCCAUUCACAGGAAGAAAUGCAAAUGAAUUAUAUAACAACAUUCUCACAGCAAAUAUACCUGAACUAUUAUCUAAGGAACAAUCACUGAAUGUGCAACCAGGAUUAAAAAAUUUAUUAGAAAAUAUUCUAGUCCAUGAUCCAGACAAAAGAUUUAGUUGUUCAGAUAUUCUAAGUCAUCGUUGGAUAAGAGGCACACUUUCAAGUUAUGAAUUCAAAAUUUUUAAUUCUUCCUCUUCAUUUAAGAAACUAAAAUUAGAAAAGAAAAAAAAUAGUUACGACGAAUGUAACAAAAAUAACCAAAUAAAAGACAAAUCAUUUGAAAAACAAAAAGAUUCAUUUAACUUAAUGAAAAAAAAAUAUGCUUUUUUUUUAAAAAAAAUAACAAAUUAA